AUGUCGUCAAGAUACAAAGAUAAGGACGCCGGCGUCGUCCUGACCUUCAAUGGCCAAUGGGUCAGCUGGUCGCACACUGCUGUAGCUUACACUGCUUUUAUCAGCGCAUUCAUCGUCGGUGUCUCGCUGCAUUAUCACAAGAUCGUCCAGAAUGAAUGGUACGGAUACCCGGACGAGUGGUUCCCCUCCGUCUCCGCGACGAUUGGAGAUCGGUACCCCGAAAGGUCCUUCUUUAUGCUCUUCAUCGCAAUCACUUCUGGCCCGCGAUUCGCCCUCGUCGGCCUUUGGUACCUCCUGACGAGACGUCCCGGCCAGAUGCUGCCCAAGUUCACAUUUGCGAUGGGUAUACUGCGGACCUUCAUGUGCGGUGGCUUCACCUACGUUACCUCGACCGACGAUCAUGAUUGGCACGACAUUUUCAUGAUCUCCUACAUUGUCGCGUCGCUUCCCUGGACCAUUGGCUGCACUCUGCUUAGCCCGCCGAACCCCAAGUCCAUCAAGUACCGUAAAGUGGUUGCCAGCUCUUUCUUCGGCACCUUGGUGCCUCUGAUCUACUUCUUCAUCCAGCACAAGGUCCACCGCGUCGCAGGAGCUUACACAAUCUAUGCCUUCUUCGAAUGGGCGCUUAUUCUCUUCGACGUCGCCUUUGACGCGGUAACGGCCCUCGACUUCGACACCUUUGAGGUGGUGAUCAGGGAUGUCAAGGGUUCCAGCAAGGGUGAAAACCGAUCGUCUGUCCCUUCUGCCGUGCUUGAGAAGGAGAAGGAAAAGGCCACUGCCGGUGUGCUCUCCGCCCCAUUCAGAUGGGCCGAUGCCCUCGACACCGCUGCCGACGUCUACCACGGCUUCAUCUUUUGGUCUAUGCUCACCAGUCUCGGCGUUCUGGUGUGGUACUUCCCUCUGUGGCACAUGGGUAUCUCUGGCUACGAAGCCUUUGUCAUGUCUACAGUCCUUCCCUCCGUCCUGGGUAUCCGCGCCGUUCGAUCUCUGGUUAUCAACAACCUCCGCAUUGUUCACCUCAUCUCGCUGGUCGGCCUCCUGGCCUACAAGGUUCUUGACCCAGCUGCCCGGCUGUUCACUGUCGGGUUUGCCGUGGCCACUUCCUGCCUCGGCUGGACCGCUACGCUCUACUCCGAGAGAGCUCACCAGGCCCGCCUCGAGUCCAAGAUUCUGGCAUGGACCAUUGGUCUGAUCGCCUCCUCGACCGCCAAGUUCAUGUGGUGGACCAACAACCCCAUCUGGCCCAUUAUGCACGCCGCCAACGGCGGCUGGAAUGCCACCGGUUUCGCCAUCGCCGUUGUCGCCUGCUUGAGAUUCACUAGAAAGGCGCCUUUGACCAAGGGCGACUACCCCGAGGACUCCCAGAAGGGUGGCUCUUCCGUCCUUGCGGCCUUUGGCUUUGCUGGUAUUUUCUUCGGACUGCACUCUCUUCUCUCCGACACCAGCACCAUGAUCCUCUGGGUCUGGGACGGCUACCCGAUUCGUGGCCCCACCGCCAACACGUAUGGCUGGAUGACCAUCGUCGCCAUGACUGCCGGUCUGCUCGUCGGCCUCUACCGCCCUGGUCUUAUGAGCUCGUGGACCGCCUACGGUGUUGGCUCUGUUGGUGCUGCCAUCCUCACUUCUUACCACCAUUGGUUCGGCUACUACGGCGCUCUCGCGACGGCUUUCUACCUUACAGGUGUCUCCGUCCCAUUCUUCGCCCAUGCCGCUAAGAGGAGCCCCGGCACGACUUUCGGACUGGGUUUCUUCAUCUACAACAUCAUGGUCCUCUUCCACGUCUGGGUCGUCGCCUACGCUUUCGUCCCCGGUGGACCUCUGGUCCGCGAGCACACCGACUGGGUCAUGAUCACCACCUUCCUCCUCAUCGGCGCCGGAGUGUUCGACCUCACCUCGUCCCAGGCCCGUCGCCGUAACGCCAGCCGCUCCACCCCUUCCCAGCACAAGAAGUACCACACGCUCGCGGCCUUCUUCGUCAACAUUGUCUUCCUCGCCUCGGCUUUCAUGCGCUUCCCCACCAACGACUACAAGCCCUACCACCCCGAAGACCGCGUCCUCACCGCCGGCAUCUGGACCAUUCACUUCUCUCUCGAUAACGACAUGUGGUCAUCUGAAUACCGCAUGCGUGAUCUCAUCAAGGAGCUCGAACUCGACGUCGUCGGUCUGCUGGAGUCUGACCUGCAGCGCAUCAUCAUGGGCAACCGCGACACGACGCAGUUCCUCGCCGAAGACCUCGGCAUGUACGUCGACUACGGCCCGGGCCCCAACAAGCACACCUGGGGCUCCGCUCUUCUUUCCAAGUUCCCUAUCCUCAAGUCCACGCACCAUCUGCUCCCCAGUCCCGUCGGCGAGCUCGCGCCCGCUAUCGCGGCCACGCUCGACGUCUACGGCCAAGAGGUCGACGUCUUCGUCUUCCACUCGGGCCAGGAGGAAGACGUCGAGGACCGACGCCUGCAGACGGAGUACCUCUCCAAGCUCAUGGGCGAAUCCACCAACCCGUCCAUCCUCCUCUCGUACCUCGUCACAAAGCCGCUCCAGGGUAACUACAACACCUACGUCAGCUCAACGUCGGGCAUGCACGACGUCGACCCGACGGACUGGGACAGAUGGUGCGAGUACAUUCUCUACAAGGGCCUCAAGCGCACGGGAUACGCGCGCGUCAGCCGCAGCACAAUCACCGAUACGGAGCUGCAGGUGGCCAAGUUCGUCAUUCCCAAGUCGGCGGACGAGGCGAAGCAGAUCGAGGCCCUCGACGACACGACGCGCAACCGCCGCGUCAAGGAGGAGGAGGUGCCGGAGGGCUGGAGGUUCCCUGCCAUGUUCAGAGGCCAGGGCGUUCGCGACCACAGAUACCACGUCUUUGACGAGCCCAGGUACUUUAACCACUGA